CUUGAGGUUUAAAGUGGCAUUCUAAAGGCAAUUUUAAAAUCAUGUCAAGCUCUGUUGAACAGAAAAAAGGGCCUACAAGACAGCGCAAAUGUGGCUUCUGUAAGUCAAAUAGAGACAAGGAAUGUGGACAGUUACUAAUAUCUGAAAACCAGAAGGUGGCAGCACACCAUAAGUGCAUGCUCUUUUCAUCUGCUUUGGUAUCAUCACACUCUGAUAAUGAAAGUCUUGGUGGAUUUUCUAUUGAAGAUGUCCAAAAGGAAAUUAAAAGAGGCACAAAGCUGAUGUGUUCUUUGUGCCAUUGUCCUGGAGCAACAAUUGGUUGUGAUGUGAAAACAUGUCACAGGACAUACCACUACCACUGUGCAUUGCAUGAUAAAGCUCAAAUACGCGAGAAACCUUCACAAGGAAUUUACAUGGUUUAUUGCCGAAAACACAAGAAAACUGCACAUAACUCUGAAGCAGCUGAUUUAGAAGAAAGUUUUAACGAACAUGAACUGGAGCCCUCAUCACCUAAAAGUAAAAAGAAAAGUCGCAAAGGAAGGCCAAGAAAAACUAAUUUUAAAGGCCUGUCGGAAGAUACCAGGUCCACGUCCUCUCACGGAACAGAUGAAAUGGAAAGUAGUUCCUAUAGAGAUAGGUCUCCACACAGAAGCAGCCCUAGUGACACCAGGCCUAAAUGUGGAUUUUGUCAUGUAGGGGAGGAAGAAAAUGAAGCAAGAGGAAAGCUGCAUAUAUUCAAUGCCAAGAAGGCAGCUGCACACUAUAAGUGUAUGCUAUUCUCUUCUGGCACAGUCCAGCUCACAACAACAUCGAGAGCAGAAUUUGGAGAUUUUGAUAUUAAAACUGUACUUCAGGAGAUUAAGCGAGGAAAAAGAAUGAAAUGUACACUUUGCAGUCAGCCCGGCGCUACUAUUGGAUGUGAGAUAAAAGCCUGUGUGAAGACUUACCAUUACCACUGUGGGGUACAAGACAAAGCGAAAUACAUUGAAAAUAUGUCACGAGGAAUUUACAAGUUGUAUUGUAAAAAUCAUAGUGGAAAUGAUGAGAGAGAUGAAGAAGAUGAAGAACGAGAGAGUAAAAGCCGGGGCAAAGUAGAACUUGAUCAGCAACAACUAACUCAGCAGCAACUUAAUGGAAACUAGGUUCAUGGGACAGAGUUAGAAAACUGGGAAUGAAUAAGACAUCCAUAACUGCUAUUCUUUUUUCACUGUUUUCUAAAAUCAAAAAGGGUUUGUAACUGUUUACUGCCCCACUCUUAGAUCCUUCAUUGAACUGCCUAAAAACGUCUCGUUUGUUUUAUGAGCCUUCAGUAGACAGCUGACUUUGACAUGUUGAUAUUACGUAGCUGUAGUUUGCAGUUUCUGGGAAGCAAUCGAAACACUAUUAACCCUGUGUAUAGUGUCAGCAGUUAAAGCAGACAUUGAAAUGAAGUAAGCUAUAUUUCUAGACUGAACAAAGUUCUACUGUUUAGAGUGUUUAAGUUUGUUUAGUGGAUUCAUACUCAAGGGAAAGCAUAAGCAAGUUUUACUUCACAAUGCAAACAUGCCUGUGGAGGCAACACAUGGUAAUUUGUGGAUUGUUUUUUUUUCACACUCAAGUAACGGAGGCUAGAAAUGAAGAGAACUUUCUUUUUCUCUUGGCUUUGACAGCACAUGCUAGAACUCUCUUCCAAGAAUGUGCACUAAAGCUUUUCAUUUGGUUCCUGUUAAAGUUGUUCUCACUAACCAGCAUGGACUCGGGCAACUGGUGAUUGUAAGCUAUGAGCUCCAGUGCUUAUGCCAAAAUUCUCUUGACAACACACCUCUUCUCUUUCCAUGUCAUACAAAGAGCUUCUGGCGAAAUGAUUGAAUCCUUUCAAGUUUAAACUCCUAUUUGGCAACAGCAAAUUAAACCUCUUAAAGAUUUAAAGGGUUACCACUCGCUAAGGACUUUAGACGCAAUGUCUGAAAACUCGUUCCUCUCAAGUGCCCUGUCGUGUGGAACACUUCACAUAUUGGCCCAAAGUAUGUAAGGAGGUCUCGUGUGUUGUAGGAGUAAAAACAGUCUUUGCAGAAAACAGUAUUUAUUUUUAGUUUUGUGACCACUAUUUUAGAAACUUUAUUUAAUAUUUUUAAUGUGUUCAGUCAUUGUUAUUGGUUAUCUAUUAAAUAGGCUUUUGUGCCCUGCUCCUCUUCUGGUAGGGCUUGCUGUUAUUGUAUUGAUCAUCAGAAUUGUUGACGGAAGCCUAAGAACCCAGCUUUGUAGAAAGGAUUUUCACACUGGCAUUUCCAGCUAGUGAUAUUCUCUUCCACUUACUGCUGAAGCACAUUUAUGUAUUUCUUUAUGGCAAAACCAAAAAACUUGCGUUGUGGUCUGCCUGAUAUUACCAUAGCACCUCAAUACCAAGGGUAGGGAUUCUGAUUUCUGAAUUAUUAGUCAACCUACCAUAAUACAGCAAAUUUGCAGAUAAAGAAUACCAUCUUCACGUGACUGUACUUCGAGAUAUUCUGUAGCUGAUAGAACAGCAUUUUUAAAAUGUAACAGGUGGAAAAUUACACUGUGCUUAAUUAAUGACUGAUUUUUUUUUAAACUGCUAGUCCCUUAAGGUUACAUUUUAUCAUGUGUCUAGCCACACAUUUACUUAAAUCAAGGGACUCAAUGCUUGCUUUAUUUUAAUCAUGUCUCAUUGUUAUUUUUAGAAGGAAACUAGCUUUAGUAGUGGGUUGCCCUAUAUGUUUCUCUUUUUGCUCUUAAUAUGCCAUUGGAUUUUUUGUGUGUAUGUGAUUUUCAAAAAUUCACCAUGACUUGAAGUGCAAGGACAGAUCUAAAUGUUUGUUUACCAAGCUAUGUGACUUUUCCCAAAGGAUCUGUACUUUAUUUCCUUACAACAGCUUGAAAACCAUUAUUUUUUAAAUCUUCAAAUCACUGUGUCUAGAUCAGUUUUACAUUGUGUGCCACAGACUUACCCAUGGGACUACAGACAGAGCUCCUUCAUUUCUGGACUACUGUAAUGAAUUUUUUUAGGAAAAAUGGAAGGUACCAGGGGUAAUCAUGGCCAGUCAAUAAUUAUAUAAAGGACUUCAAAUACUUUAGCUGUCAAUCAGUGGAUUUAUCAUGUAGUGAAAUGUAUGAUUUUUGUAUGAGUUGCUUCAGCCCUUUCUCUGCCACUAGCCACCAGAAUAGCACUUUACCUUUUGGUUGGCUAGGUAAGUGGCUGCCUACCUGUUUUAUUCACUGUGGUGUGAUUGGCUAAUCGAUACUUCAUUAAAAAUUGAAAUGUAAAUUAAAGUCACAUGAAAAAUCACCGUUGGUUGUAAAUCUUCAAUAGUUUGAUUUUCUAAUCAUGUUUUUGUCACAUGCUGAGUAAAAGUGCCUUACAAUGUAAAAAUUGUACAGUACUUAUGUUCCCAAGUAGCAUCAUCAUCUUCUGGGUAGUGAUUACAUUGUGGUAUUAAUAUUUAGAAAAAAAUGGACCUCAGCAGUGUAUUUACUGUACAUCUCUUAAGUCCUUAACUGUAGUUUUAAUAAGCAUGACAUUAUUUGAUAAGUAUAUAACAUUUACAUCAUUUCAAGAAAAAAAUACUGCCAUUACCGUCUUUUAUGCAUAUUUUAGCCUGAAAUUUUGAAGCGUCUUUCGUUCCUUUUUUCUUUUUUUUUAUGUUUUUUUCUUUUGUUAUCGAUAUUAAACAGUGUAAUCUUUGCAAGCGUAUAUUGAAGAUUAUUCUGGAGCAUUUAUUGCCUUACCAGAAAUGUUAGUAAGAAAUGUUCUUUAGGAGUAGAAAGAUAGACUUGAGUUUCUAUACUUUAAUAAGAGCUCUUUGUUCCUAGGGGGAGGCGGGGUGGGGGGUAAAUUUUCCUUUCAUCUCAAUUUAUGAAAAACCCACAGCUGAAAGAAAUUUUAUUUCAAGGAUCAGUAAUUUUAGAAUUUCAGAGAGUACUUGCUCAGAAGUGUGUGCUCCUCAAGAUAUGAAGAGAAUAACAAGAUCUGUAGGUCUACUAUUAAAUCAGAAUCUAUGUACUUGAACAAAUGUGUGAAUCUCAAAUAUCUCAAAGCAAAAGAAAAAGUGUUCUAGAAUGUUGUUGCUUUUUUGAAAAGCACUGAAGUUAGACCAAGGUAUACAGUUUUGUUCUAACAGACAUUUAGGUUCAUUGUAAAGAUAAGGAAUGCAUUAUGGGUCAAAAAAAAAGCAAACAUUCCUCUCAUGUUAUGUAUAUUUUGUUCCUGUUAUAUUGGCUUUAUUUUCAAAAAUGUAGUUUGUAGUAUUAGUUUCCUUUUAUUGGUAUUGCAUAUACUAUUCAUUCAAUAAAUGAGUUAUGACUUUGA